AUGGGCACUUAUAAGUACAUCCAGGAGCUGUGGAGGAAGAAGCCAUCCAAUGUCAUGGGCUUUUCUCUCAGGGUGUGUUGCUGGUAGUAUGCCCAGCUCUCUGUGCUCCACAGGGCCCCCUGCCCAACCAAGCCUGAUAAAGCACGCAGACUGUGUUACAAGGCCAAGCAAAGUUAUGUCAUAUAUCGACAUGGUGGCCGGAAAUGCCCAGUUCCUAAGGGUGCUACCUACGGCAAGCCUGUCCAUCAUGGUGUUAACCAGCUAAAGUUUGCCCCAAGCCUUCAGUCUGUUGCAGAGGAGUGAGCUGGACACCACUGUGGGGCUCUGAGGGUCUUGAAUUUUUACUGGGUUGGUGGAGAUCGCAUGUACAGAUUCUUUGAGGUUAUCCUCAUUGAUCCAUCCGUAAAGCCUCAGAAAAAUCCUGACACCCAGUGGAUCACCAAACCAGUCUACAAGCACAGGGAGAUGCGAGGGCUGACAUCUGCCGGCUGCAAGAGCCAUGGCCUUGGAAAGGGUCACAGAAUUGGUUCUCACUGCUUCCAUCUCAGUGGCACAGUAACUGAGGCAGCUACUACUUCAGAACCAGCAGUGACCUACAAAGUUGCAAUUAGUUUUGAUCGAUGCAAAAUCACUUCAGUGACAUGUGGCUGUGGGAACAAAGACAUAUUCUACUGUGCUCAUGUGGUAGCACUCUCACUCUACAGGAUCCGUAAACCAGACCAAGUCAAAUUGCGUCUUCCUAUCUCAGAAACCCUUUUCCAGAUGAAUAGGGACCAACUACAAAAGUUUAUUCAAUAUUUAAUCACGGCACACCACACUGAAGUUCUUCCUACUGCACAGAAACUGGCAGAUGAAAUUCUAUCCUCCAACUCUGAAAUCAACCAAGUGAAUGGUGCCCCUGACCCCACAGCUGGGGCCAGCAUUGAUGAUGAGAACUGUUGGCAUUUGGAUGAAGAACAAGUGAAAGAACAAGUGAAGCUCUUUCUCUCCCAGGGUGGUUACUAUGGCUCUGGGAAGCAACUCAAUUCAAUGUUUGCCAAGGUUCGAGAGAUGCUGCGGAUGAGGGAUUCCAAUGGAGCCAGGAUGCUGACGCUGAUAACUGAGCAGUUUAUGGCUGACCCACGACUCACACUCUGGAGGCAGCAGGGAACAAGCAUGACAGAUAAGUGCAGGCAACUCUGGGAUGAGUUAGGGGCCUUAUGGGUGUGCAUCAUUUUAAAUCCGCAUUGCAAACUGGAGGAAAAGUCCUGUUGGCUACAGCAACUGCAGAAGUGGAGUGACCUGGAUAUCUGUCCCCUGGAGGAUGGGAACUAUGGGCACGAGCUGCCCAACAUCACCAAUGCACUUCCCCAGAACACCAGUCACAGCCCAGACUCCUUAUCCAGGCCAAGACGAACAGUGUUCACUAGAGCCAUCGAGGGCCGUGAGUUACAUUGGCAGGACAGCCACUUACAGCGAAUAAUAAGCAGCGAUAUAUAUACAGCUCCUGCCUGCCAGCAGGAAAGUGAGAGACUACUGUUUAAUUCCCAAGGCCAGCCACUGUGGCUUGAGCAUGUGCCUACAGCCUGUGCUCGGGUUGAUGCUCUGCGCUCCCAUGGUUAUCCAAAAGAGGCCCUCAGACUCACAGUGGCCAUUAUCAAUACUCUGAGGUUGCAGCAGCAACGGCAGCUGGAAAUCUACAAGCAUCAGAAGAAAGAACUGUUACAGAGAGGAACCACAACCAUCACAAACCUGGAAGGCUGGGUGGGGCACCCUCUGGAUCCCAUUGGCUGCCUGUUUCUCACUUUGACUGAGGCCUGUCGUCUGAAUGAUGAUGGUUAUCUGGAAGUGUCAGAUAUGAAUGAAAGCAGACCCCCUGUGUACCAGCAUGUACCUGUGGCUACAGGCUGCCCAAACAGCCAUGAGUCCUACCUGUCAUUGGCCCUGGAAGUUGCUCUGAUGGGGAUGGGUCAACAGAGGGUGAUGCCUGAAGGCCUCUAUGCACAGGACAAGGUGUGCCGUAAUGAGGAGCAGCUCCUGAGUCGACUUCAAGAGCUACAGCUGGACGAUGAGCUAGUGCAAACACUGCAGAAACAAUGCAUCUUACUACUGGAAGGAGGCCCCUUCAGUGGUCUAGGAGAAGUCAUUCACCGAGAGAGUGUUCCUAUGCAUACCUUUGCCAAGUAUUUGUUCUCAGCUCUGCUGCCUCAUGAUCCAGACCUAUCCUAUAAAUUAGCCUUACGUGCUAUGAGGUUACCUGUUCUAGAAAACUCAGCUUCUACAGGCGACAGUUCUCACCCUCACCAUAUGGUGUCUGUGGUGCCCAGCCGUUAUCCUCGCUGGUUCACGCUUGGACACUUGGAAUCACAGCAAUGUGAACUGGCCUCCACCAUGCUGACUGCUGCCAAAGGGGACACUCUGAGGCUCCGAACAAUUCUGGAAGCAAUACAGAAACACAUCCAUUCUUCCUCCCUCAUCUUCAAACUGGCCCAAGAUGCAUUCAAGAUUGCCACUCCCACAGACAGUAGUACUGACAGCACCCUGCUCAACGUGGCCCUGGAGCUGGGGUUACAGGUGAUGAGGAUGACCUUAUCAACUCUUAACUGGAGGCGCCGGGAGAUGGUGCGGUGGUUGGUGACAUGUGCUACAGAAGUGGGUGUGCGGGCCCUGGUGAGCAUUUUGCAGAGCUGGUACACACUCUUCACCCCCACUGAGGCUACUAGCAUUGUGGCUGCCACCGCUGUAUCCCACACCACUAUCCUGCGCCUCAGUCUUGACUAUCCACAGCGAGAGGAGCUGGCUAGCUGCGCUCGCACGCUGGCCCUACAGUGUGCUAUGAAGGAUCCACAGAGCUGUGCCCUGUCAGCCCUUACACUCUGUGAGAAAGACCACAUCGCCUUUGAGGCAGCCUACCAGAUCGCCAUUGACGCCGCCACUGGUGGCAUGACACAUUCGCAACUGUUCACCAUUGCCCGCUACAUGGAGCUCCGUGGCUACCCGCUACGUGCCUUCAAGUUGGCCUCGCUGGCCAUGAGCCAUCUCAACCUGGCCUACAACCAGGAUACCCAUCCAGCCAUCAAUGAUGUGCUCUGGGCGUGCGCCCUCAGCCACUCUCUGGGCAAGAAUGAGCUGGCAGCCCUCAUCCCCCUAGUGGUGAAGAGUGUGCACUGUGCCACGGUGCUCUCAGACAUCUUGAGGCGCUGUACGGUGACAGCGCCAGGCCUGGCCGGCAUCCCAGGCCGCCGCAGCUCUGGGAAGCUCAUGUCCACCGACAAAGCCCCACUGCGCCAGCUGCUGGAUGCCACCAUCAAUGCCUAUAUCAACACUACACACUCACGCCUGACACACAUCAGCCCUCGCCACUACGGAGAGUUCAUUGAGUUUCUGAGCAAGGCUCGGGAGACCUUCCUGCUGCCCCAGGAUGGCCACCUGCAGUUUGCCCAAUUCAUCGACAACCUCAAACAAAUCUACAAAGGCAAGAAGAAGCUGAUGCUGCUGGUGCGAGAGCGCUUUGGCUGAGAAGGCAAACAGCUCAUUGCCGGGGCAGCCUGGGCUCCCAGGUACCACAGGUCAGGCCAAGGACACUGAAACAUUUGUCCACCCUGAGAGGACUCUGAGCACCUGUGGCUGAAGCCAAAGCACCACAGAGCUAAGCAUGGGAGAGUCCAACUCUAGCCAAUAUGCCUUCCUUGGCAAAGUUCUCACUAUAGCCCACUGUUCCUGAAGGAGCUGGGCCCUGCAGAUCGAUCAGAAACCCCACAACAUGCCACCUCACGCCCCUAUAUCCUGCGUGUCCUGGGCAUUGGCCCGCUCUCCCUUGGCAAACACAGAACACUGUUCCGUCUCAGGGAUUGCUUAACCAGAGAAACAGAAGCAUUUAUGGUACUGUAAAUACUAUAGUAUAUGUGUUGCCAAUUA